AUGCUUUGGUGCGGAUGUGGUGUCCUACUGGUUCUCUGCAUCGGCCCUCUAUCCUGCCUCACUGCGUCUCCCUGUCCUGCCGGCUGCUGCUGUCCUCGCCCGGGACUUCUGGUUCUGUGCGAGUCCCUGGGUCUCCGGUCACUUCCACGCUCUGUCCCUCUCAGCACCUCAGCUUUAUCUGUGGCCAGGAACCAGCUCUGCAAUGUGGACCACCUGCUCCGACCCUUCUCCAGCCUCCAGGAGCUCAGCCUCAGUCAGAACCAGUUGGCCCGCUUCCCUCGUGGCCUGCCUCCCAGCCUGGAGUCCCUGCUGCUGCAAGAGAACCGCAUCACUUACAUCACCGCCGGUGCCCUGAGGCAGCUGGGAAACCUCACUCGUCUAGAUCUGGAGAACAACCGCAUCCGUGCCAUCCAGCCUGGGGCGCUCCAGGGUCUUUACAAACUGCAGGUGCUGACACUGAAGGGGAACAACCUUACAAGCCUCCCUCUGAACCUCCCCCCCUCGCUCACCCAUUUGGACCUCUCGGCUAACUGCAUCUCUGCCCUGGACCUGCCCUCGCUGUCCUUCCUCGUCAACCUGCAGGUCCUGAAGAUCAACAGCAACUGCCUGCGCUCAGUCCCAGAGAGCGCCUUCGACAGGCUGCCGCGCCUCAGAUCUGUGAGCCUCGCCAACAACCUGUGGGCGUGUGAGUGUGACAUCUUGUAUCUUUACCGCUGGCUGAUGAGUGGCAGGCUGAAGAUGGCGACAGACUUGGUGUGCACCCAGCCUGUCCAUCUCGCUCACCGUCUGCUUCUGAACCUCUCUGUCAUGGCAAUCUGUCCUCGUGUCCUAAGGCCAAAUGAGAGCAUGCACCGACCACAUCUAAACUCUGCACUGGGGAGAAAGCUGGACAUGGUGACAGCGAGGCAGACACAACUAAGCUUGUUUGAAGAUAAAAGGGAUUUGGGAGAGCGAAUAUCAAAAGAAACCACUUUUGCUCCCUUUCCCAAAGAUGUUCCCGAGGCUCGUUUAUCACUGGAACACUACACUUUAGAGAGCCUCACCUAUGAGGAGUGUUUGUUCCUAAAUAAAACGCAGCCCGUGAGCCCGUCUCAGUUAAAAACUGUAACUUCUCUUUCUGAUGAGGAACAGAAAUCCAGAGACAACAUCACAGGUCGAUACCCUCGCAGUAACACGACCUCUGCUGAAGGGACACAGUCUUUACCCUCAACAAACAGAGAUGGACCCUGGCCAACUCCUGACCCACGGUGGUUCACACAAUACAAAUCUGCAGUUGUGAUCUCUCUGCUCGCGGUGCUGUGUGUAGUAGUAGGUCUCUUAAUGCUGGCAGUGCUGCUCGUAUUGAAAGUGGUACUCAGGCGCCAACAGAGGGUGGCCCCGCUCAAUGCAGGAUCCGGUGGAUGA